AUGGAAGUCACAUGGCAUCAUCUACGUGGACUCAAAUUCGCAGAUCCCAACCCCACUGAUGAUGGGAAAAUUGACCUGAUCAAUGGCGCGGAUCUCUACCCGGCCAUCAUCCUGGAAGGAAUACGAAAAGGAUCAAUUGGCACACCCAUGUCACAAGAGACAAUUUUCGGAUGGGUAGUUUCUGGACCACAAACUACUACACGAGCUCAGGACCAGCAAGUAUACGCGUCGUUGAAUCGCUGCAUAAUCGGAGAGCCACUGCACGACUUGAUCCGCAAAUUCUGGGAACUGGAGGAGCUCUCAGUCCACGUCAGCCUGAGUAAAAAAUAUCAGGAGUGCGCGGACCAUUUCAAGGUUACCCACACGCGAGACAAGAGUGGAAGGUAUUCAUUACAUCUCCCACUGAAGAGCGCGCUACCUGUCGACAUUGGAGAAUCAUACAGCAUCGCAAGGAAGUGUUUCGAAAUCCAGAGAAAUCGCUUCCGAGCCACACCGCAACACCAAGCCGAAUACGACAAGUUUCUUCAAGAGUAUUUGGACCUGGGGCACAUGUCAUUGUCACCAAGCAGGGAUCAACCAGACCAAAAACCAGUGUACUUGUCACACCAUGCAUUUCUUCGAAAAGACAGCACGACCUCACCGAUCAGACUCGUUUUCAACGCGUCUAACCGUACCACAAACGGAUCGACACUCAACGAUCACCUCCACGUCGGACCCCAGCUGCUGCCCGACCUGAUGGACGUCAUCCUGAAGUGGAGAAUGCAUACCCUUCGCGCCCUUCGCGCCCUUCGCGCCGACAUUGAAAAAAUGUUCAGACAAAUUCUCAUGACUCCCGAGGAGAGACACCUUCAGAGAAUUCUAUGGCAACCACCAGGCUCCAAGGAAGUGAAAUCAUAUGACCUGCAAACAGUGACGCAUGGCACAGCACCAGCCCCGUACCUAGCCAAUCGCACUUUGAAAGAACUGACUGCGGAUGAACGCGGGAGAUUCCUCCGAGCAGCCGCGAUCCUCGAGAAUGAUUUCUAG